CCCGACAACUGGUGAUGGAUACGUCUUCACACAGAGAUAAUGGCAAAUAGUUCCGGAAAUGAGACAUUCAACAACAGUCAUCUUUUCUCUGAUUAUAUUCAAAAUUAUAGGCCACAAGGCAGUGAGGUUCAGGAAAAGUAUAUCCUCCCACUGUUCCUUUUAGUUGGAAUAUUUUCUAAUGUAAGUACUCUGAUUAUAUUUUGCAGGGGAAAGCAAACGCGAAUAUCAGUUAGUGUUUACGUGAGUGCGUAUUGCAUUGGAAAUCUCACAACAUUAUUUUUUCUGUAUGGCAUGCAUCUUCUGACAACUGUUAGUGCUUUCCCUGAAUUGUCAAACAUAAAUAGCUCUGCUUGCUCGAUACUAGCUUUUAUACAUAAAAUGGUCCAGUACAGCUCAGUUUGGUUUGUUGUUGGAAUGACUAUAGAUAGAUAUAUGGUAGUGUGUCAUCCGUCAAGUGCUUUAACAAUGUGUACAGUGUUUAUGGCGAAAGUCGCAGUGGGUAUAAUUUUGAUCGGUUUAGUUGUUACCAGUGUACACGCUAUGUGGGUUUAUGACAUAAAUCACAAAACUGGUAUAUGUGACAUGUUUACACCAGAAAACAACCUUCAAAUUGUACAUCUUAAAAUUUGGAAUAUUCUGUCAGCAGCAGUCUAUGUAUACUUGCCUCUCAUCAUUUUAUUGAUUCUCAACACACUACUAACAUGCGGUUUGUGCUUUCAACAUAGUUCGUCAUCAACAUUUACGCAGGAUAACGGUUCAACAGAAUAUACCAAUACUGUCGUAGCAAUAUCAAUGCUGUAUUUUGCUUUAGUUUUACCAGUUACACUGCACAAUAUUGUAAUGAUAUCGUCAGGGCUACGAAUGACGGCUGACAUGUACAAUACAUUGGUGAUAUUUGAUCAUAUGCAACGCAUUAACUUAGUUAAUGUAUUUUUUGUAUGUGUGUUAUUAUCACGUUCGUUUCGACAAGAAAUUCAUAAUAUAUAUAGACUUAUUAGGGAGAAACGUAAGCAAACGGUCGAAAUUAAUAGAUUAGCAAAUACAGCCUCAAUUACCAAUGAAACUACCACAACUUCCGUGAAUGAGGAGGACACUUUAAUAUAAAAACAAAACCUAUGAAUCUUGUUACUCUUCCGGAACUCAUGAGGUGUUUUUUUGGACACAGAACACAGGAAAUAAUUCAUGGAACAGGAAAAUAAUUCAUAGUUGAAACCAUUUAGAAAUAUAUAUUUAUCAAAUGCGAGA